GAAGCCACAAAAUCCAAAUCCGAGAUCGGCGCCCUCCUUGAACGUUUGGUUGCAACCAAUGAAAACGCACCUACAACGGAGAAUGACAAUGCUGCUACCACGCCAAAUAUUCGUAUCCCGCCAUCUGUCGCAAAUGCUAUUCAAAGGCGUUUCAACGCGGUCUGCCAGGAUGCCCAACUUAUGCUUCGCCGAAUCCGGCGUCUGCAUGUGCGUUGGAAGUUGGGCGAUGAGAUAGAAACCAUAUACGAAUUCAUUGGCUACUUGAACCAUCUACGCUGUGAAAAGCUGGAGGAAGCCAAUGAAAACUUAGCCGUUCUCGAGGACUUUAUGACUAAAAAGGGUCUCCCACAGACCAUGGAGAACGAUAUUGCCGAACUAACGGAGCUCGCUGCCCAACCAGAUGACGUUGCCAUUGGUGUUGCUAGUGAGACGAAAGACAAGCAGUCAACGGAGCACGUGUCUGUCCCGGGAUCAGGCAUGCUUGCCAUUCAGAUCAAAGCGGGGGGCGGGGCAACCGUUAUGCGAGAUAUUGCGGAGACGGAGCGCAACGAAGCCAAUAUGUUUCUCAGUUCACUGCGAGUGAGGUGGGCCAACGCCCAGACCGAUCUGUCCGUAAUAGGGACCAUGUCGGAGGAACUUUCGAAGAAAUGGGAAGCGUACGAAACGGAGGCGGCUGUUCUGUUUUCUUGGCUGGAGGAUGCCGAAGCCAAACUGCGAUCUCCAGACGUAUCAACCGCAGAGAAAAGGAGUCUUUUAUCUCAGGUCAAAAGGUGGCGCGAACGUCUCGCGGUGUUGAAUGACCUUGGACAAGCUCUUAUAGGGCACUCGAGCAUGAAGGCUGGCGAAGCUCUUAGUACUCGCCUGGCCGAAAUGGCUCAGCGAUUGGAAGUAUUCACAAACGAGGUGAUUGACGCCCUCCUGGAUGCAGAAUUCCAAUGUCCUCAGACGACUAGCGUCGAGGAGGCGGAAGCAUCGACGCUGGAGUACCGAAAGGAACUACAAGCAACGCGAGAAAUGCUCCGAAAACAGGCUGAGGCCGAAUACCGAGCAAGUUGA